GCUGACUCUCCGUCAAACUGAAUUAGGCUACAACCGGCAGGAAGAAAACUUAGCCCGGGUCGAUUCAUGGAGCAGUGUGGGAAUGCUCUGUCCGUAGGUGGGAAACAGAGAUCCGGACGGCAGCGACAUUUCGGUAACGCCACCCUGGACCGCCUCUGCCGGUGUGACCUGAUUUAAUACCGCGGCACCGGGCUUGGCUUGAGAACAUCUGCGGGGUGGGAAAAGAAGCGAGUUUAAUUCCUGCGCCCCUCUCAAGAUGAUGUGACAAAUCAUAUCAUCUGCUGCCUGGGGAAAACAUUAUAAUCUGUGUAACCGGAUCUUUUUUUUUUUUUUCACUGCUGGGGAUCAUCUAAGCUGGUUGUUAUAAGGCUGGCAGGCCUGGGGUGGGACAGAGAACAUGGCUGAACCGCGGCGGGAGAGCACCAGCAGCCUGCAGAGGAAAAAGCCUCCCUGGCUCAGACUGGACAUUCCCACGGCUCAGAUGUCGCUGGACGAGCCUCCCACUUUUGUUCAGCCGGUGAAGAGGCAGGGGUUCCUGCGCAGCAUCAGCAUGCCAGUGGAGACCUCUCACCUCCAGUCACCACCCCGUGACCUCUUUGACACCCGGCGGCCUGUCUUACAACGCCAGUCAUCCAUCACUCAGACCAUAAAGAGGGGAACGGCGGACUGGUUCGGGGUCAGUAAGGACGGCGAUGCCACCCAGAAAUGGCAGAGGAAAAGCCUCCGCCACUGCAGCCUGCGCUACGGAAAGCUGAAACCACAGGUGUUACGAGAGAUGGAUCUGCCCAGCCAGGACAACAUCUCCUUAACCAGCACGGAGACCCCGCCUCCUCUUUAUGUCCCCUCCUCACAAUAUGGCAUGCAAAAGAUUGUGGACCCAUUGGCACGAGGGCGAGCCUUCCGUAUGGUGGAGGAGGUGGAUGGCUACAGCGUGCCUCAGACCCCCAUCACCCCUGGAGCUGCCUCGCUUUGUUCCUUCACUAGCUCCCGCUCAGGUUUCAACCGGCUGCCUCGUCGACGUAAGAGGGAGUCUGUUGCAAAGAUGAGCUUCAGGGCUGCAGCAGCGCUGGUCAAGGGACGCUCAAUACGAGAGAGCACGCUGAAACGGGCCCAAAGACGCAGCUUCACUCCCGCCAGCUUCAUGGAGGAGGACAUGAUGGACUUUCCUGAUGAACUGGACACAUCUUUCUUUGCCAGGGAUAUUCUGAUGCAGGAGGAGUUGUCUACAUACGCAGAUGAGGUGUUUGAGUCGCCGUCUGAGGAGGCCAUGAAAGAGGCGGAGCCCAGCAGCAAGAACGAGGAGCUGGAGCUGACGGGCAGCGCCCUCGAUAAGACGGAGCUGGAGAGAAGUCAUCUCAUGCUACCUCUGGAGCGAGGGUGGCGCAAAGCCAAAGAAGGAACACCGGGACCACCAAAGGUGCCCUUGCGGCAGGAGGUGGUGAGCGUUACCGGGCAGCGGCGUGGCCAGCGCAUCGUUGUGCCUGUCAAGAAGCUUUUCGCCCGAGAGAAGAGGCCUUAUGGAUUGGGCAUGGUAGGGAAGCUCACAAACCGCACCUACCGCAAGCGCAUUGACAGCUACGUCAAGAGGCAGAUAGAGGACAUGGAUGACCACAGGCCUUUUUUUACAUACUGGAUCACCGUUGUCCAUUUGCUCAUCACUAUCUUGGCCGUAUGCAUCUACGGUAUUGCACCAGUGGGCUUUUCCCAGCACGAGACAGUUGAUUCUGUUUUAAGAAACAAAGGUGUGUAUGAAAAUGUCAAGUUUGUACAGCAGGAGAACUUUUGGAUUGGGCCGGGGUCGGAAGCUCUUAUCCACUUGGGGGCCAAAUUCUCUCCGUGCAUGCGGCAGGACAAACAGGUGCACGAUCUUAUCAGGGACAAGCGAGCCAUCGAACGCAACUCUGCCUGCUGCGUGCGUAACGAUCGCUCCGGCUGCGUCCAAACCUCAGAGGAGGAGUGCUCGAGUACUCUAGCUGUGUGGGUAAAGUGGCCGAGGCAUUCCAGCACUCCCCAGUUAUUGAAAAGCGGUAAAGACAGACAGUAUGGCUCUGUGUGUCAUCAGGAUCCCAGGAUAUGUCUAGAGCCUGCCUCAGUAUUACCUCAUGAAUGGCUUGAUGAUAUCAGCAAGUGGCCAAUUUGUACCAGGUACAACACAGGGAACCACACCAACCUGCCUCAUAUAGACUGUACCAUCACAGGCCGGCCGUGCUGCAUUGGAACCAAAGGGAGGUGUGAAAUCACUUCCCGGGAAUAUUGUGACUUCAUGAACGGCUAUUUUCAUGAGGAGGCUACUCUCUGCUCUCAAGUGCACUGCAUGGACGACGUGUGUGGACUGUUGCCUUUCCUCAACCCUGAGAUCCCAGAUCAGUUUUACAGGCUCUGGCUCUCACUCUUCCUCCAUGCUGGGAUCCUUCACUGCCUGGUGUCGGUGGCUUUCCAGAUGACCAUCCUGAGGGACCUGGAGAAGCUGGCGGGCUGGCUGCGCAUCUCAAUCAUUUACAUUCUCAGUGGCAUCACUGGCAACUUAGCUUCAGCCAUCUUUUUGCCCUAUAGAGCAGAGGUUGGCCCAGCCGGCUCUCAGUUUGGGAUCCUGGCCUGCCUGUUCGUGGAGUUGUUUCAGAGCUGGCAGAUCCUUGCCCAGCCCUGGAGGGCCUUUACCAAGCUGCUUUGUGUGGUGCUCUUCCUCUUUGCCUUUGGGCUGUUGCCAUGGAUCGACAAUUUCGCCCACAUUUGUGGCUUCAUCUCUGGCUUCUUUCUGUCCUUUGCCAUCUUACCAUACAUCAGUUUCGGCCGCAUGGACUUGUACCGCAAACGCUGUCAGAUCAUCGUUUUCCUGCUGGUGUUUGUCGGGCUCUUUUCGGGCCUCGUGGUGCUCUUCUAUGUCUACCCGAUCAAGUGUGAAUGGUGCGAGUUGCUAACCUGCAUCCCCUUCACGGACAAAUUCUGCGAGAAGUACGACCUCAACGCUCACCUCCACUGAAGUGUGAGCGCCACAGGAAGGCAUCAGGUCAAAAGAUGUGGACUAACAGAUGAUUUCAGCCAGUCUGUCUCCACUCUGCCCCUGUGUCCCUUUCUCUAUGAACAAUGACAAUGUACUUGUGUUUUUUUACUCUGUUAGUAUGAAUACCUAUGUCACUCAUCUUAAACACUUCCUUUAACCACCUCCCUGUUCACCGGCAGUCAUUAUCACUCCUUCACUGUCCAGUGAAACAAAGGUAUGGCACUUCUUCUGAACCUCAUCAAAAUUCCCAGCUGCCCUUUACAUGUGAGGAAGGCAUUAAAGAAGCCAGCGCUGGUACUGAGAGACAUUCACACUCCAGGUUUUAUUAUUCAGGCAACCUCAUACAGAAGCAGGGACAAAAAUCUGAUAGUGUUACCGUUGGUGCCUUGUUAAUAAAUGUACCAACUACUGCCAUAUUUUUGUUACAGUAUACUGAGCACUCGAAUGUUUUCUCUCUUCUAUUUGUUUUAUUGCUUCUCAAUAAGUGAUAUUUGUUUUGAACAUGGUCGUGUUUUAGCUACCUGUCUACUCACAUGUAACUGAAAACAACAGUAAAAGAAAUCUACAGAUGAAAA